AUGUCUAAAGUAUUCACUGCUGCCGACGUUGCAUCGCACAACAAGGCUGACAACCUAUACACUAUUAUUGAUGGCGAUGUCUACGAUCUUACCAAAUUCCAGGAUGAUCAUCCAGGCGGCAAGAAAAUCCUCCAGCGCGUAGCAGGCAAGGAUGCCUCCAAGGCAUUCUGGAAGUACCACAACGAAGGCAUUCUCAAGAAAUACAAGGGGAAGCUGCAGGUCGGAUCCCUUGACACAAAGCCCAAGUCUGAGCCCAAGGCAGAACCACCUGCCCCAGCCCCCAAGCCAGCACCACCCGCUGUCAAGGCUGUAAAGAAGGAGGAGCCAAGCAGCGAAGAACCCGCAGAGCCCCUCGAGCCCUUUGGCCAGCAGAUCCCCUUCGCCGAUCCCAACUGGUACCAAGGCUACCAUUCGCCUUACUUCAACGAGACACACGCUGCUCUACGGGCUGAGGUCCGUGAAUGGAUCGAGAACGAGAUUGAGCCUAAUGUCACAGAGUGGGACGAGGCCAAGCGUGUGCCGGAGGAGAUUUACAAGGAAAUGGGCCGCCGUGGCUAUCUCGGCGGUCUAUUAGGAGUCAAGUAUCCCACAGAGUACGCUCAAGCCCCCGCAUGUGUGCCCGUGGAGAAGUGGGAUCUAUUCCACGAGGUUCUGAUCACCGAUGAGCUCUCCCGGACUGGCUCUGGUGGCUUUGUCUGGAACUUGAUUGGCGGCUUUGGCAUUGGCUGCCCGCCUGUGAUGAAGUUCGGCUCCAAGGCCCUCAAGGAUCGUAUCAUGCCAGGCAUCCUCAGCGGCGACAAGCGUAUCUGCUUGGCCAUUACCGAGCCUGAUGCCGGCAGCGAUGUUGCCAAUCUGACCUGCGAGGCGAAGCUCAGCGAAGAUGGAAAGCACUUCAUCGUCAAUGGCGAGAAGAAGUGGAUCACAAACGGCAUCUGGUCUGACUACUUCACCACCGCUGUGCGAACUGGAGGGUCUGGUAUGAACGGUGUUAGUCUGCUGCUUAUUGAGCGCACCGAGGGAGUCAGCACUCGUAGGAUGGACUGCCAGGGUGUCUGGUCGAGUGGCACAACCUAUAUCACAUUCGAGGAUGUCAAGGUUCCUGUUGAGAACUUGCUUGGCAAGCAAAACCAGGGAUUCCGAGUCAUCAUGACCAACUUCAAUCAUGAGCGUAUCGGUAUCGUCAUCCAGAGCCUGCGCUUCGCGCGCGUGUGCUACGAGGAGUCAGUCAAGUACGCCAACAAGCGCCGUACGUUUGGUAAGAAGCUUAUUGAGCAUCCUGUCAUCCGCAUGAAGCUCGCGCACAUGGCUCGCCAGAUUGAGGCCUCAUACAGCUGGCUUGAGAACCUCGUCUACCAGUGUGAGAAGAUGGGUGAGACAGAGGCCAUGCUGCGUCUCGGUGGACCCAUUGCCAGUCUCAAAGCACAGUCCACCCUCACUUUUGAGUUUUGUGCACGGGAGGCUAGCCAGAUCUUUGGAGGUUUGAGCUACUCUCGUGGUGGCCAGGGUGGCAAGGUGGAAAGGCUGUAUAGAGAUGUCAGGGCUUAUGCCAUCCCUGGAGGCAGCGAGGAGAUCAUGCUGGACCUAAGCAUGAGACAGAGCUUGCGGGUGGCCAAAGCGAUGGGAAUGAAGCUAUAG